GUCGGUUGCCAGGAGAACCCGUACAUGUGCAACAACGAGUGUGACGCCAACACGCCGGAGCUGGCGCACCCGCCCGGGCUGAUGGUGGAUGACGAUGGGCGGAUUCCCAACACCUUCUGGCAGAGUGUGUCAUGGCGGACAUUCCCGCGGCCUCUACUAGUCAACAUCACCCUGUCCUGGGGCAAGAGCAUCGAGCUGACCGAGGACAUCGUCAUCACCUUCGAGUCCGGGCGGCCGGAGCAAAUGAUCCUGGAGAAGUCUCUGGACCACGGGCGCUCCUGGCAGCCCUACCAGUUCUACGCCGCUGACUGCCUCAACUCGUUCGGCAUGGAGCCGCGGAGGGCCGGAGAGCUGCAGCCAGCCGCCGUGCUCGACAUCAUCUGCACCGAGGAAUAUUCCCGCGGUUACGUGUGGAAGUUGGACAAGAUGGUGCGCUUCGAGAUCCAGGAACGCUUCGCGCUGUUCGGCGGCCCGCGCCUGAAGGACAUGGCCUCGCUCUACGGACAGCUGGACACCACCAAGGAGCUGCGGGACUUCUUCACGCUGACCGACCUGCGCAUCCGCCUGCUACGGCCCGCCACCGGCGCCACCAGCGUCAAUCAGCACAACCUCUCCAAGUACUUCUACGCCAUCUCCAACUUGGAUAUCCGCGGCCGCUGUAAGUGCAACCUUCACGCCAACAACUGCGUGUUCGACAAGGGCAAGCUGAGCUGCGAGUGCGAACACAACUCAACUGGCCCAGACUGCGGCCGCUGCAAGAAGGCGUUCCGGGGCCGGCCGUGGAGAUCCGGCUCCUACCUGCCCAUCCCCAAGGGCACGGCCAACAUCUGCCUCCCGGACGCCGUCAACACCUGUCAGUGCCUCGGCCACUCGAGCCGCUGCAGUUACCUUGAGCUGCUCAACGCCGCCAUUUGCGUGGGCUGUAAGCACAACACGAGAGGCCAUCACUGCCAGUUCUGCCGCCUCGGCUCGUAUCGCAACCCCGCCGUCCCACCGGAUCACCACCACGUCUGUCUAGACUGCGAUUGUCACCUGGACGGCUCGCUGCACCGCGGCUGCAACAACACGGGUCAUUGUGACUGCAAGGAGGGCGCCGCGGGGCCCAAAUGUGACCAGUGCCUGCCCGGGUUCCACUGGCACAGGGGAUGUCGGGCGGGCGUGUGUGACAAUCUCCUGCGGCGAUGUGAGAACGGCGGGAUUUGCCAGGAUAACGGCCGCUGCCGCUGCCCCGCUCCGUACACCGGCCUCUUGUGCGAGAAGGGACCGUGCGGGAAGGAAGCGGGCGGCUGUUCAUCGCAGUCGCCCCGGGACCCCCCCGUUCACCGGGUGUUACUGUCGCUGACGGCGCUACUGACCGCCGCUAACGGGCGAUCGCCGAUGUGAGCGCUCCAGGAGCCGCGGGGGAGGUGCGGGGAACGCCGGUUUUUCCUCCCUCACUCUCCCCCCUCCCCCCCCCCAGCCCCCCCGGGAAAGACGCGAGGGAACCGGCCCCCGAGACCAGGCCCGGCCCGGGGCGGCCGCAGCCGAGGAGAGGCGGGGAUGGGCGCAGCGGCCGGCCAUUCUGUAAUCUCCUGGAACCUAUCCCAUCCAAACCUCGGAUCUUCGUGGAGUGGCAGACACCCCCUCCCGGAGCAGCCCCCCCCCCCCCCUCACCCACGCACUGCUGGAUCAUGAGCAGCGACGGCAUCGGAAGGUCACCUGUUUCCCGUGAGAUCCGCGGGAGAUUUGACCUCAGGACCCAGGCUGGCGCCCGAUUCACACCGAUUCAAUGAUCCGGCCACUUCUGAAACGCGGCGGCACAAACGCUGGGACGGUCAUGGCGUCGGGCAGCGGCUGUGGAGAGAGGGACACACAAUGUCGGCGCCAACCAUCGCUCAACUACCCAGCGCCGGUCUACAACCCCCCCCCCCCUCCCCCCCCCUCCCCUCCCGGCGUCUGACUGCCCAGGGUGGGGGCAGCGGAGAGCCGGGUCUAGGGAGUGCAGGGGCGGGCCCCCUCUAGCCCGGGGUCGAGGGUGUAGGGCGCUGGGCC